AUGGCAAAGAAUGGGGCAUCUUCUUCAAAUCCUAUUGCUACAUGGAAUGCCCACAAUAUAUCUAUAUUUUGUGAUAUUUGCAUCAAGGAGGUUGAGGCCGGACAUCGUCCAGGCACUCACUUUGACAAAGAUGGAUAUGCAAAUAUUAGAGCUAACUUCAAAGCAGAGACAGGGCAUGAUUAUGAAAGAAAGCAACUGAAAAAUAAGUGGGAUGCACUUAAAAAUGAGUGGAAGUUGUGGAAAGAUCUAGUUGGUAAAGAAACUGGCCUAGGGUGGAAUUCGAGCAAGGGUACCGUUGAUGCCUCUCAGGAGUGGUGGAAUAAUAAAAUUCAGAUAAACAAAGAAUAUGGAAAAUUCCGAAAAAAGGGCAUUAGUCCUGAGAUGGAGGACAAGUUAGAUAGGAUGUUCUCGAAUACAGUUGCUACCGGUGAACAUGCCUGGGCACCUUCCUCUGGAGUACUACCACCAGAUACAAGAGAUGAAUCUAUAGGACAAGUUGAUUCAGAUGAUUCAGAUGAAAUUGAGACCAUGCAGGAUAUAAGGCAAGCUAGUUACAGGUGUAUAUUCAAUAUGAAUACCUCUGAUGAUGAUGUUCAGGAUUUGGAGGAUGGUGUAAUUAUAUGCGCUGUAGCGAGAGCUGUUGAAACAUAUUAUUUAAAAUAUGUCCACAAAACUCCGUGUAUGAAUUCUUCCCAAACAGAUAUCGUAUGUAAGAUGGCAAUAGAUAUUAUCAAACCGAUGGAUUCUGAGUUUCGUGGCAUUCCCCAAGAAAUAAGGAGAGAUACAAGAUACAUACCUUAUUUUAAGGAUUGUAUUGGUGCCAUAGAUGGAGUACAUGUUGAGGCUUCAAUACCACCUCCAGAUCAAGUUCCAUACAUUGGAAAAUAUUACUUGGUAGAUGCGGGGUACCCACAAAUGAGAGGUUAUUUGGGACCAUAUAAAGGUGAAAGAUAUCAUCUCCCGGAUUUUCGUAGGGGUCCCGAACCAACGGGUCAUAAAGAGGUAUUCAACCACAUGCAUUCUUCUCUAAGGAGCAUCAUUGAACGAACUUUUGGGGUAUGGAAGAAAAGAUGGGCAAUUUUAAGGGAUAUGCCUAAUUACCCGUUCAAUAAGCAAGUGAAGAUUGUCAUUGCUACAAUGACUCUUCAUAACUACAUACGGAGGUAUUCUGAAAGUGAUCGUCAUUUUGAUGACCCCAGGGACUAUUGUGAAGAGAGCGAUAGUAGUGAUGAUGAUGAUGAAGAAUACCAAAAUUAUCAAGUUGAAGGAUCCCAUGAGAUAGAAGCAUUAAGAAAUAGAAUAGCAGCAAGUUUGAUGAAUGCAUCUAAUUAG